UUCCAGCCUCAAGGGCAUUACUUUAAAGAGAUGAACUGGAUCAGCAGGGCAGGACUUGGCAAGGCCUCAGUCCACUUGGGGGAAUGACCAGUGAUGCCCAAAGAGGGAAGGUAUCUUAUUCCAGAAACAGCAUCCACAUAAAGUGAUGCUUCAGUGGAGCACCCUGAAGUAAAGGGUGGCCUCCGCUUACCUCCCUUGGACUCCAUGUCUGCCUUUUGGGACUUCCUGAUCUCUUCAAGCCAGAACUUCUUCUCCCUUGUUGUGUGUAUCGGAUGGUGGGGUCGGGGGUAGGGGUGAGGAGAGGCUCCUGUGCCUUGCAGGAUGAUCAGUAGCUUCCAUUCCCCACUUCUGACAGCCAAACAUCCCUCUGGACAUUGCCAGAUGUUCCAGGGGUGAUGGGGCUGGCACAACAUCACCAUUGCAACCUGAUUUCACUUGCAUCAAGAAGAGGGUCCAGGGGUGUACAGGCCUCAUCUCUCCCCUCCACUGAGGCUCCUGAGCCUCACAGGGCCAUGGUAUGAGUACAGUUCACAAUUGUUGUAUGGCUGGAGGUUGGAUGGAGGGGAGGGUGCUUCCAGGGAGAGGAGAUGCUGGGGGGGUAUGAUCUGUACACUGUUAUCCAAGUUAACAUAAAAGGUGAUGGACCCUUGGUGAUAGGUCAUUGGUUUGUGACUGAAGUCAGCUAUGUCUGCUGGCUUUGGGUAAGAUGGUAGGGCUGCCUCUCAGGCCCAACCCCUGGCAAGGUCAUUCUUCCACUCCCAGGGGCUUGUACACACUCAACAGUAAUUCCUUAAGGCAGUGACUUUUGAUGAGGCCAUUUCACUCCCUCUUUCCUCCAUGAACAGAGAGAAAUCAUGGAGCCUUCCAAGACCUUCAUGAGAAACCUGCCAAUCAUACCAGGCUAUAGCGGCUUCGUGCCGUUCCUCAGCUGCCAAGGAACGUCCAGGGAGGAUGACAUGAACUACUGUGUGAAAACCUUCCAGGAGAAAACACAGCGCUAUAAAGACCAGCUGCGGGAAUUUUGCUAUGCAGUGGCCACUGCCCCGAAACUGAAGCCUGUCAACUCCGAGGAGACUGUCCUGCGGGCCCUGCACCAGUACUAUCGGCAGUACCACCCUCUGCUCCUGGAAUGCAAAUAUGUAAAGAAACCUCUCCAGGAGCCCCCGAUCCCUGGCUGGGCAGGCUACAUGCCGAGAGCCAGGGUCACUGAAUUAGGCUGUGGCACGAGAUACGCUGUCAUGGGCAAAAACUGCUACAAGGACUUCCUGGACAUCAUAGAGAGGGCCAAGAAAGCACGUCUGAAACCAUAUGAAGAGUGAGUCUGUCUUGGGUCCUCACCCCAGGCACAAGAUCAAAGGGGAGAAGUGCAAACCCAGGGCAGUGGUUUACUAGAUGUCCCCAUUCCAGCGCUAGGACUAUCUGUGUGUGAUUUGUCUUAGAGAAGGUGCCUCAUUUGCAGUUUCAAGGCUUCCUCAGUAGGCAGCUGCCCUCUGCUCCUGACCUGUGCUCAGCAUUCCCCAGAAGCUCUACCUGUGGUGUUUGAUGGUUGGCAAGGAGGGGUUGAGAGUAAAAACCAGCGGGAUUACCAUCCUGGCAAUGGCUUAAGGCCCAAGGGUGCUGAGGGAGCGAGAAGGCAGGGGACCCCAGGGCACUGCAUAGGAGGCCUCACAUGGCCUCAGUUUUCUCUUCUGCAAAAUGAGGAUGAUGAUCUUUACCUUUAGAAUAAAUUGUAACGAA